GCCAGAUAUGGAGUCGAUGUCCCCAGGGCCGUCUCCAAUCAGGAAGGGGACAGAGCAUAGAAGAAAAGUACCCUGCUUUUUGUGCCCUGGAGAGGCGGGAGGCAGGUAAAAGGGGGUCUCUUGUGGCAACUGGGUCCCCACGGUAACUUGGCCCCCACCCUGCGGUAUCUGUGAGGUCACCCUCCCUCUCCCAGCUGGACGAAGGGGAGAAGGGCCAGACAUGGAGGCUGUUCCUCCUGUCAGAUGCAGCCUCUUGGGGAUUCUGCUGCUGGUGGUGAAGCUCUCGGUGCUGCUCGUCCAGAACCACAUCUACCUCUACAAUUUCCUGCUCCUGAAGAUUGUCUUCUUCAACCGCUGGCUGUCGGGGCUGGCCCAGGAGGCCUGGGGGUCCUGCGGCCCCAAGGCCCACCCACCCCCUGGGCUUGCAGCCAGCCCCGUGGGCCGGGUGCUACGGGCCGGGCUGGCACCGAUGGCGGUCCCCGUGUGGCUGGCGUGGGCCGGCGCGCUGGGCUGUGUGCGGGCCUCGGGCCUGGCCUGGAAGCAGCUAGGCCUGUCCGCGGCCACCUGCAGGGAGCUGCUUCUGUCGUGUCUACACAGCCUGACGCCGGUAGUGUUGCUGCUGUCGCUGCUGACCAGGAGGCUGUGCCAGAGGGCCCAUGGCCGCAGCGUGGUCCGGUUGCUCAGCAAGGCUCCGCUGGACAAGUGUGCGGUGCCCGAGCUCCUGGCUCUGCUGAAGCGUCUGUACUGGUGGGUGGAGAACGCAGCCGCGCUCACCUCCUGGCACCUGGCCUAUCUCGUCGCCUGGAACUGCCUUGCCUCCCGCCUGCUGCAGGCUGCCUUUGAGCACACGGCCCAGCUGGCCCAGGCUCAGGAAAUUGAGCCCCAGGAGGGGUCAGGGCCCGUGUCCGAGUCCCCCACUCCCUGAGCGCCCGGGGCCCGAGGCUGGGCCAGCCCUGUCAGAGCAUGGGACCCCUGGAGAAUUAAAGUGUGUCCCCAUCUGCC